AUGGAGAAUCGGCGACGAUUUAAACGAAGCAUGUCAGUUAUAUCCAUCAUUUGCAGUUUAAUUGGAGGCGCAUCCUUGAUUCUUCUAUCCAUCUUUGAUUCGUCCAACCAUAGUGGUGCUCACUAUACGUUUACUGGUCUAUUUAUCGUGUUUACUAUACUUUCUGCUAUAUUUACAGUUUUCCAUCGAUUCUCUCGGUAUCAAUGGAAUUUUACAGUGUAUCUUCGUGUUGCAUUUAUAGGUCUGGUUAUUCCAUUGGCCAUUACUUUCGCAGUUAUGGGUAGCAUCAAAGGACCUAACAAUGUAUCGACAUUAAAAUCUGUUGCAGCAUCGAUCGAAUGGUCCAUUGCUAUUAUAUUUGUUAUGUAUUUAGCAGCAUUUGGUUUAGAUCUUCUUUUUUAUUGA